AGGUUAGCUAAAGCUAUAUUUAAUAACUUAAUUUAUAAAACUAAAGUUAAUAAAAUUAAGGGCUCUAAAUAUAGUAACUUUCUCUAUAUUAAUAAGAAGAUUCUAUUUAAAUUCACUCUAAAUUACCUACUUAAGAUAGCUAAUAAGGAUAAUAUACUAAAGUUAUAUAGUUUUAAAGUUAAUAUAAAGAUAGUUAAGGCUAUUAAUAAUAAUCCUAAUACCUAUAAAUACCUUAUAGACUUCCUUAAGAUAGCUAAAGUAGCCUAA